AUGGCGAUUGACACGGACAAGUCCUCGGUGUUGGUCGACUUAGUCGCCGGUACUGUAGGCGGCAUCGGCGGUGUUGUCGUUGGGCAGCCAUUUGAUACAGUCAAAGUGCGACUGCAGACCCAUAGCAGCUACUACAACGGGGCACUCGACUGUGCCCGUCAGACGUUCAAACAUGAAGGGACGUUCGGCUUCUUCAAGGGCAUGACGUCGCCGGUCGUGGGCAGCGCCGCCACGAAUGCCGUCAUGUUUGCGGUCUAUGAGCAGACGCUCAAGAUGAUUGACAAUGGCGUGCUGCAGACGCCGACGUUGACGUCAGUGUUCCUGGCGGGAGCAGUGGGAGGAUUCUGGCAGACGAUUCCACUGGCCCCUGCAGAGCUCAUCAAGUGCCGACUUCAGGUUCAAGAUGGACGCUCGGGCACUCAGUACCGAGGACCGAUGGACUGCAUCCGACACAUUCUCAAGGUCCGAGGCACACGUGGACUCUUCCUCGGGUUUACGUGCACGCAAUGGCGUGAAGUGCCUUCAUUUGCCGUCUACUUUUGGCUCUACGAGUACACGAAGCGCAGGAUGAUGGACAGUGGCAUCAACCCCACUUCUUCCAUGCUGACUGCCGGCGGAGUCGCUGGUGUAGCUUCGUGGGUAGUGUCCUACCCCUUUGACGUCAUCAAGUCGGCCAUCCAGACGCUCCCCGUGGACCACAAGCCAGGCGAGCACACGAUCGCCUACCAGGCCCGGCAACUCUAUCGUCUCGGCGGCUGGCGUAUCUUCUUUACCGGUCUGGGCACAGCUUGUGUGCGGGCAUUCCCGUGCAACGCAGUGACGUUUUACGCCUACGAAAAGUCGUCGGAGCUGCUCAAGCGCACGCUCGACGCGUAA